AUAACAGGUGACAAGGAAAGGAAUUUCGCCUGUAGAUAGGUCAAAGUUCAGCCCUAUUCAGGUGAAAAUUCCCCGCUGACGCGCUGAAGAGAAAACACCUUAGCGUCACAGUGUAAAGAUUUGUAUACUCAAACUGCAAUAGGUAAAAUGUUGGGGACCGUUCUCCCAGUUCUACUGGCCAUUCUGGCCUACAGACUGUACAAGUGGGCUCGAGGCCUUCCCCGUAUCUCCAGUACUGCUGACAAGUAUGUCCUCGUCACGGGGUGUGAUACGGGCUUUGGCAAGCUGCACGCACAACGACUGGAUAAGCUGGGGUUCCAUGUGUUCGCAGCCUGCCUGACAGAAAAGGGACAGCAGGACCUGAAGCAGCUGUGUUCUGACCGUGUGGUUACCAUGGCGAUGGACGUCACCAGUCACGACAGCAUCCUGAAGGCACGUGACGUCGUCAGGACCCAUGUGGGGGAGAACGGAGAACUGUGGGGUCUGGUGAACAAUGCCGGAGUGUUGGGCGCAGUCGGCCACAUUGAAUGGCAGACCAGAGAGGAUUUCAUCAACACCUUCAACGUCAACCUGUUCGGCAUGGUGGACGUGACGCGUACCUUUCUACCUCUGCUGAAGAGAGCCAGGGGAAGAGUUGUUAACGCCUCCAGCGUCUAUGGCCGAACCGACCCUGGGUCUGGAGCGUACGGGACGUCCAAGUUUGCCGUGGAGGGGUACUCGGAUUGCCUCAGGAGAAUGCUGGGCCCGUUAGGCGUGUCCGUGCACAUUCUGGAGCCCGGCACGUUCCUGACGGGGUUCCAGGCGCCUGAGGUGAUCGAUCGUCUGAUGCACAAGUCCUGGGACAAUCUGGAGCCGGACGUCAGGAGCUGGUACGGGGAGGACUUCUUUGAAGACGCCGUCAGAGUGUUCAAAGAGGUGGCCUCUUUAGGUUCCACCAACUACAACCACGUGGUAGACGCCGUAGCCCACUGCCUCCCACUGCCUGACAGCCGUUCAUCCCCAGAGCCGGUACGUGUGCGGCUGGGAUGCCCGGUUAGUGAUGGCUCCCCUGUCCUGGCUACCGACUGAUGUUGGAGACUGGGUCCUCAGGAUACUGGCUGGUCAACCGAAAGUCCUGCCCAAAGGCCUGAGAAGGGCCUGACUAUUGGUCACUUCAAAUUUGAAAAACACAGUGUUAAUUUAAUAAAAGUACAUUUCCAAACCGUGGCUCGGUAGGCUGUUUGUGGGAAGGAAAAAUAAGGUGUAUAUCAUGAAAUAUACACAACGGUA